GAAGUGAAGGUGGUCAUCGGAACUCGAGCAACCUCUUCACGUGCUUAACUUCCAUACCCAUCUCCUCCGUUUACUCCUCCAUCAUCGAUAUAUACACCGAUACAUACACCGACACAUACGCAUGAGUGUAAGUAUACGCUCAAGUGUGGGAGCAAUCUCAGAUCCCUCCAUGAAAACAACGCUUUAUAAGAUGACUCAUUUUCUGAAACGAACUCAACUCCAAGUGUGACACAUUCUCAACGAGAGAUCGUGAUCGUACUUAUAUACACACACGCACACUUGCAAAGCUUGGGAGGAAGAAGUGAUGGACAAGUAUGAGGUUGUGAAGGAUUUGGGAGCUGGAAAUUUUGGUGUGGCUCGUCUUCUUAGACACAAAGAGACCAAAGAGCUCGUUGCUAUGAAAUACAUUGAGAGAGGUCGCAAGAUUGAUGAGAAUGUGGCAAGAGAGAUUAUCAAUCAUAGAUCACUUAGGCAUCCUAAUAUCAUCAGAUUCAAGGAGGUGAUUCUGACUCCAACUCAUCUUGCAAUUGUAAUGGAGUAUGCUUCUGGAGGAGAGCUCUUUGAAAGAAUCUGUAAUGCUGGUAGAUUCAGUGAAGCUGAGGCUAGAUACUUCUUUCAGCAGCUGAUUUGUGGCGUGGAUUACUGUCAUUCACUGCAAAUAUGUCAUAGAGAUUUGAAGCUUGAGAAUACACUGCUUGAUGGUAGUCCAGCCCCGCUUUUGAAAAUCUGUGAUUUUGGUUACUCCAAGUCAUCUCUGCUUCACUCUAGACCUAAAUCAACUGUUGGUACUCCAGCUUAUAUCGCACCUGAAGUUCUUUCCCGAAGAGAAUAUGACGGAAAGCAUGCGGAUGUUUGGUCCUGUGGUGUGACUCUUUAUGUGAUGUUAGUUGGAGGUUAUCCGUUUGAAGACCCGGAUGAUCCGAGAAACUUCAGGAAAACAAUCCAACGUAUAAUGGCUGUCCAGUACAAGAUCCCGGAUUACGUUCAUAUAUCGCAGGAGUGCAGACACCUUCUCUCUCGCAUAUUUGUCACUAAUUCAGCUAAGAGAAUCACACUUAAAGAGAUCAAGAAGCAUCCAUGGUACUUAAAGAACUUGCCAAAGGAGCUUACAGAGCCUGCUCAAGCGGCGUACUACAAGAGAGAAACCCCAAGCUUUUCCCUCCAAAGCGUAGAGGACAUAAUGAAGAUCGUUGGAGAAGCCAGGAAUCCAGCUCCGUCUUCUAAUGCCGUCAAGGGCUUUGAUGAUGAUGAGGAAGAUGUGGAGGACGAGGUUGAAGAAGAAGAAGAAGAAGAAGAAGAAGAGGAGGAAGAAGAGGAAGAGGAAGAAGAUGAAUACGAGAAGCAUGUUAAAGAGGCCCAUUCUUGUCAAGAGCCUCCCAAAGCUUAAGAAACUCUCACUCUGUUGUGUAAUAUUCAAUCUCCUUGUAUCUUUACGUUUAUGUGAAUUCGAAGUUUCAAAACUUUAUCUACGCAAUUGACCAAUUAGUUAUCAUAGCAUUUGAACAUUCGGCUUCAAUACACAAACAGGAACAGUAACAACAACCUCUGUAAAUAACAUAGCUCAGGUUUGAACAUAGUGAAAGGAAGUACCUUUUACUCGUAUACAUAAUCAGAUCUCAUCGUGCUACAUUCUAAAUUCACAACACUAGAGACGUAGAAGGAGAGAGAAAGAGAGAGAGAGAGA